AUUAAACAUUAAAUUUUGACUUAUGAGAGAGGCUUUCAAAAUUACAUUUUUAUCCCUAAUUUCUAAGCAUUAAAUUCCAAUUUUUUUUUUUUUUUUCUCCAUAAAUUUGUGUGAAGUAAAACGCUCUAAUAUUUAUUUAUUGGACCGGAAAGACACGUGCCCCAAAUCCCGCGAAGCAGCCCAAACAUGCAUUUUCGGGUCGGGUGAAAACCAGCUGACAGGUUAGUCGGGACUAACGAAACUGACAGAAACUCCGUUACACUUGUCUCUCCUCCUCCUCUAGUCGUGGUGGAGUAACUUGAGGAAUUUGAAACAUAGAUGGGGGACGAAAAGGAUGCUUUUUAUGUUGUCCGUAAAGGGGAUGUGAUCGCGGUCUAUAAGAAUCUGAGUGAUUUACAGGCGCUGCUACGAUCUUCUGUUGGUGAACCAGCUAUAAGUGUUUAUAAAGGCUAUCACCUGGCUAAGCAAUCUGAAGAGUAUUUGGCUUCUCAUGGACUCAAAAAUGCAAUGUAUUCUAUGGAUUUCAGUGAUGUUCGAGAUGAUCUCUUUGGGAUACUCAUGCCAUGCCCUUUUCGGCAACCUGGCUCUUCGAAAGAUAAAAUUACCGGGAAGAAUUUUCAAGAAAAGAGGAUGCAGGUGGAGGUGGUGGCAUCUCCUUCGUUUUCAGCUGCUGGUCAGCAAAAACACGCCAAAUUGGACAAUUUCCUAGAAGUUCCGCCUAUUUCGUCAUAUUGUUGUUCAUGCAUUAUUGAGUUUGAUGGGGCUUCAAAGGGGAAUCCUGGACCAGCUGGUGCUGGCGCUGUGCUGCGUGCUGCAGAUGGAAGUAUGGUUUUCCGGUUGCGUGAAGGUGUGGGUGUGGCAACUAACAACGUUGCUGAAUACAGAGGCUUAAUCUUAGGGCUAAAGUAUGCUCUUGAGAAAGGUUUCAAACACAUAAAAGUUAAGGGCGACUCAAAACUUGUCUGCAUGCAGACUCAAGGAAUCUGGAAAUGUAAGAAUCAGAACAUGGCUGAGCUAUCCAAGAUUGUCAAAGAGCUUAAAGAUCAGUUUAUGUCAUUCCAAAUCAACCAUAUGGAAAGAGAAUUCAACACUGAAGCCGAUGCCCAGGCAAAUUUAGCUGUGUAUCUCAAGAAUGGUGAAUUUCAAGUGGAAUGUGACAUGAAAUAACUUAAUUAUGUGAAGUCACCAACUACCUCUACUAGUUGGGAUUUUGGGAAGGAUGAAUGAUCCCCAAGACCGACGCACCUUUCUGUGUUCUUAAACCACACCCUGUUCCUUGUAGAUAUAUGAUCUGAACUAUGUUUCAUUAAACGUAAUUAUGUAUCUGGAUUGGAGAAAGUUUCUGUUCUGUUUAGGGGCGUGUUCGAAUCAAUUAUUCACUCGUCUCGCAAUGAAAAUUAGUUGGUCCAA